AUGUUUUCCAUUGCCAAUCCCGAUGAAGUUCGUUGCAAAUGCACAAGAUGCAAUCGCAAUCCUCUUGGAUACACCAUGACAGAUAAAAGAACUGCCAAGCGUCAUGCCCAGAAUGAUAAUGACAGGAAUAUGGAUAAAACCAUUAAUGAACAAAUAGUUUUGACAGCCGAAGUAAACACUGGUGAAGCUGAUAUGGACGUAGAUCAAAUUGAAGAACAUAUUGAAUAUGAUAAUUACUCCAAUGGUGCACCCUCACCAGAGCAGUAUGUCAAUACCCAUUUACCUCUUUUGGUGGAAGAAUCUCUUUUUGAAACAGAGGAGUAUACCUCAGAGUAUGAGUCUGAAUAUGAGUCGUCGGAUGAAUUUGAGCAAGAAGAACAGAACAGAGAGCAAGAACAGGAGUCUACAGAAAACCUUCCAGAGAAUAUUUGGCAUCGAGUAAUUGCGGUUUUCACUGUGAUAUUUAUUUCUAGCUUCAUUGUGGAUGAAGGCGCAGUAAUUUUGAUUACAUUCAUAAAUACAAUCCUCGAACAUUAUGGAGAGGAUUUCCGACUUCCCACAAGCAUUCCGGGUUUGAGGAAAAUGACAGGAUACAAUGACUUGACAAACAGCGUAUCAAAAUAUGUAGCAUGCAGUAAUUGUCACACAUUGUACGAUUACAGCAACAACACACAUACAUCCUGCAAUUUCAAAAGAGUUGGUAGUAAGACGCAUUGUAAGAAUGAUCUCUACAAGUCUAGUAUGAAGAACGCCAUGAUUCCAAAGUGCACAUUUGUUUAUAACUCGUUGACAACUACCUUGAAAAAAAUGUUUACACGUCCUUCUUUUGAGAUGCGUGCAACCAUUAUCGAUCCCAUGCACAACCUUUUUCUCGGGACUGCAAAACAAAUGAUGGAUAUUUGGAUUGCAAACAAUUUGCUUGAUGACAAAGAUUUUGUAGAUAUGCAGGAAGAGGCUAAUAGAAUGACACGCCUGCGAGAUGAUCUGCUUGGCAAUUGGAUCCAUUUUGUCGAUGCAUGCAGAGAAUUGACGAAGCCAAGUAUCACCAAAAAUGGGAUCAAAAAAGCUCACGAAAGUUUGGAGGAGUUCUGUGUUGGUUGUGAAGACUUUUAUAAACCAGAUGUAUUCACGCAAAACAUGCAUCUCCAUCUCCAUCUAAAAGAAACGAUUGAGGACUUUGGGCCAAUUUACGGAUUUUGGCUAUUUAGCUUUGAGCGCUAUAAUGGUGUAUUGAAAGGGUUUGAGACAAACCAGAAGAGUGGGUUCGAGAAUACCUACAUGAAAAGGUUUCUUGAGAGUUCUUACAAUGGUGACUUUUGUCAAGCGCAUCUCAGAAAUGUUACCAGCCCUUUACUCCUCUCUCUCUUUCUCAAGCUGUCUGGUCAUAAAAUCUAUAAUCCUGCACUUUCGCCACAUCCUUUGAUACCGUCAUUCUUUCACUUGCCAACGUUCCUACAAUCCGCUGAAAAGCCUUCAAAGCAAACAUUUGGCAACGAACCUCUACCUCUUUCCGCUCUACCAUUGUGUUUGAAGCCACCAACAACAAUGAGAAAAUCCGAGUAUGAUUGUCUGCUCGAUUUCUAUAAAAUUGAGUAUGACAAUGAUUCUCUUUGCAGUGCCAAGACAACAAUCAGGAAUUGUUGGUUUGUGAAUGACCGAAUCCAGAAGAUUUCAUCCAUCAAUCUCCUUGGACAAGUUUACACAGGUGGAGAAGACUUGGUCGUGAGAGGAUCGCAUAUACAAGCGAAAUUUAUUGAAAAAAGUGGAGACUCUGAGGAAAGAUAUGCUGGUCGUAUUAAGUACUUGUUCUUGCACGAUUUUACACCAAACCUCACGCACACCAACCUUUCCCCUUGUCACAACCCUCAACACGUAUUUGCCUUCGUUGAGUGGUACAAAAUUCCUCGCCAUCAACCUAGAAUCAAGCAGGGUAUCGAGUUGUAUGAGCCAGAAUUUCUGAAGUAUGACUACAACAACAUUCUGCCUGUCCACCGCACCUUGUCGCCAAUUGCAAUUGGAAGUCAUGUGUCUGGUAGUGGUGCGGCAAAAGUCGUUGUUAUUCCUCUGCCAAGAAAGCUGUACACUUAA